AUGGUGUCUGUAGAAGCAACGAUCAAUUCAGACUGUGCAGGGCUCAAAACACUGCUUGCCGAAUACUUUUCUGAAGUAAAUAUGCUUGCUAAAAUCCGAGAUACAGACUCUGGAAUCACAGCAGUAACAAUACAGGGACAUUCGGAAACAGUGUCCCCUUCUAUGGAAUACCUUAAGGAUCUUUUACUCAUCGGUUAUGAUGCUGCCAUUGUAUGGGGCAAAAAGAGUAUUGUUGAAAAAGAAAAUAGACUUUCUUCAGUCACCAUUGAAGACACUCCAGAAAAACUGAAACGAGACCCAUCAUCUGAAGAAUUUUUAGAGAAGCAUUUUGAAGAGAUCUCCUUUGGUGGUUCUGCUGCAACUGAAAACUUGAAAAAAGUCGCCAGAGAAACAUUCGCUAGUAUGAUAAAUACUACAGGUUUUGGUGUUGCAGAGGGAUGGAUUCCAGCUGUCAAAGAAAAGCACAUUUCAAUCAAAUACAAAGGAAGAGCAUUUGACCUGGAAGUUUCCUCUAUGCAAUCUCUUUCUGAAGUCAUAUCAACAGCUGAUUCAUUUUUUUCUCAGCCUGUGCCUUUCAAAAUGUUGUACCGAUUUGCAGAUAAUGACUUUAUAGUUGUUACCGAUGUCAAAAACUUGCGUGAUGGAUUCUUGUACUAUGCCCUAACCGUCAACGAAGAGCUUCCCAAGAAACAAGCUCUCAGAGAAACCUUUACCGAACAAGGAAUUCUUUUUGAAGAUUUGAUGGAGACUGGUGACUUGGCCAUAACUGAUGCUGAAUUAGAAAAGUAUGGAAUUGCUCAAGGAGGGCUAAGAACAGCCAUUCUUGCAGUCAUCAAAAGUAUUAUUCAAUGA